AUGUCCAAGUGCAAGCCGCCAAAGAUCUCCCGCCCCAAGAACCCCAAGCACGGCUACUGCAGGAUCUCCUUCAAGCCCGACCUAGCUGUCUUCUCCAUGGAACGCCUGAACGACGAGUUUGUCAGCCUCCUUCACCGGAGGGCCCACGACGCCGCAGCCUGCACGCGGCCGAGCGUGAGGGUGUCUUUCAACGGCAAGAACCUCCCGUCCAAGGGUGGAUUUGAGAGCUACUGUGAGCUGUUUAUCGGCCCCAAGAAGGAGGCGCCGCGCGUGUUCUUCCGCCCAAACGAGCGCUGGGAGGUUUGUGUGGCUGCUUCCGCGGACGGCUUCCAAGCCAUCUCGUUCGUCAACGGGGUGCACACGGCUCUGGGCGGCACCCAUGUGGAGCACGUGGUUGCGCCGCUCACCCGGAGGGUUGCCGAGACGCUGCAGGGCAAGGUGAAGGGGGCUACUAUCCGGCCAGCACAUGUCAGGGAGAAGCUGAUGCUGUUUGUGAAUGCGACGCUGGUCAACCCCACCUUCAGCUCUCAGACAAAGGAGAUGUGCACACUGAAGGUGAGCCUUUUUGGGAACACGUGCGACGUGCCUGACGAGGUGGUUGGCAAGGUGGUGAGCAAGCUAGGGAUUGCUGAGGCGAUCGUCGCAAAGGCGAGGGAGCGAGAGGCCAAGACCCUGUCACGAACGGACGGGAACAAGACGGGCGUCAUCAGAGGGAUCCCAAAGCUGGAGGAUGCCAACAAAGCAGGUGGCAGGCGGAGCUCCGAAUGCACGCUCCUGGUGGUAGAAGGGGACAGCGCGCGUGCUUUCGCCAUGGCAGGGCUCUCGGUGGUUGGCAGGGAUCUGUAUGGGGUCUUUGCCCUGCGGGGGAAGAUUCUCAACUGCAGGGACGCCCCAAUCAAGGCCAUCGCUGAGAACAAGGAGAUUGCCAACCUCAAGCAGAUCCUGGGCCUCCGAGAGGGCCACAAGUACAAGUCGCUCUCCGAGCUGCGCUACGGACGAGUCAUGCUCCUCACGGAUGCUGACUGCGAUGGCACGCACAUCCGGGCGCGCUUCCUCAACUUUGUUGAGUUUGGCUGGCCGGAACUCAUCGAGCUGGGGUUUGCGUGGCACCUGAGGACCCACGUGGUCAAGGCGUUCAAGAACAGCCAGACGCGUGCGUUCUUCACGGAGCGACAGUACAGGGAGUGGGCACAGACGAGCGAGGCCCGUGGUACCUGGCGCAUCAAGUUCCUGAAAGGUCUGGGCACGUCCACUGCCAAGGAUGCCAAGGAUAUCUUCAGCAACAUGAGCAAGGUCACGUACACGACCGACCCCGGGGCGGCAGCGGCCAUGCAGCUGGCCUUCCAGAAGGCAAGGGCAAACGACAGGAAGAGGUGGAUUGUUGAGGCGAUCGCAAAACCAGCGCCGGAGCCAGUGGGAGAGCGGGUGACCCUCUCGGAGAUGGUGGACACCGAGCUGGUCAACUACUCCAUCGCCAAUGUCCGGCGCUCCAUCCCCAGUGCAAUCGACGGUCUGAAGCCCUCGACGAGGAAAAUUGUCCACGUCAGCAUCAAGAGAAACGUUCGGGAGGAGUUCAAGGUGGCCCAGCUAGCCGCAGCGGUCGCAGAGGGGAGUGCAUACCAUCACGGUGAGGAGAGCCUGAGCGGCGCCAUCAUCAACCUUGCGCAGACGUUUGUGGGAUCCAACAACCUCAACCUGCUCGAACCGGUCGGAAUGUUUGGAACACGCCUGGCCAACGGGAAGGACAGUGCCGCGCCGAGAUACCUCUUCACGCACCUGACAAAGGCUGCGCUCUGCGCCUUCCAUCCUGCCGACGCCCCCCUCCUGACCUACCUCGAAGAGAACGGCAAGGCCAUAGAGCCGGCCUACUUUGUCCCGACCGUGCCCUUGAUCCUCCUGAACGGUGCCUCCGGCAUUGGCACUGGCUUCUCCACGUACGUCCCCAACCACGCUCUGGAGGACGUCAUCGCCAACAUCCGGGCUAUGCUGCAAGGCCUGGACCCGGUCGAGAUGCACCCUUCCUGGGCUGGCUUCAAGGGGACCGUCCGGGCGACCGAGAAGGGAGAGUACGUCGUCUCCGGGGUGUACGAGAGGAUCGACAGCAGCCGCAUCCGCAUCACUGAGCUGCCAGUUGGGACGUCAAUCGACGCCUACAAGGCUUUCCUGGAGAGCGACAAGCUUGGGGCCCGUUCCAUCAAAAACGACUGCACGGACGCGGUUGUUGACUUCACCGUGGAGUUCAGCACCGGGAGGCUCGAGGCCAUCCUGCCUGACAUCGAGAGGGAGCUCUGCCUCACCAGGAAGCUGAGCACCAACAACAUGCACCUGUUCGACUCGAACGGCCACAUCAGGCGCUUCGAGACCGUGACCGACAUCCUGCGGGAGUUCUUCGGGGUGCGGCUGAGCCUCUACGAACGCCGCCUGCUGCACCUGAUCCGACAAAAGGAAGAGGAGCUGGCUGCCUGCUCCUACCGGGCGCUCUUUGUGACGAGUGUGCUUGAUGGGGGUGUCCGACUCCUGAAAGCCAAGGUGGCGGACGUCCGUGCCGACAUGAGCGCGGCAGGGAUCCCCGAGACCUACCAUCAGCGGUUCAUGUCGCUCCCCCUGUCAAGCCUGACGGCGGACGAGGUGGAGAGGCUCUUGGCAGCCAAAGAGGCCCUGGUGUCAGCCCUUGACCUCCUCAAGGGCAAGACGGCCCCGGCUCUGUGGGAGGAGGACCUGCUUGAGUUGGAGAGAGCGCGGAAAAUUGGAGCAUAG